AUGGGCCGUGCGACAAUCAAAUCGGGGUCAAUCAACCUCCUCAAUACCAUCAUUGGUGCUGGUAUCUUGGCUAUGCCUUUUGGGCUUAGAGCUAACGGUAUAGUCUUUGGCUCUUUCCUUAUUGCAUGGUCCUCAUUGACUUCUGCGUUCGGUCUUUAUCUCCAGAAUAAGGUUGCAAAGUACACACAGCAACGUGAUGCUGUUUCUUACUUCAGCUUGUGUCAGUUGACUUACCCCCAGCUUUCUGUUGUGUUCGAUGGUGCUAUUGCGAUCAAGUGUUUUGGUGUGGGAGUGUCGUAUUUGGUUGUUAUUGGUGACUUGAUGCCAAAGAUCAUGGAGCUGCUUCGAGUGGAGCCAGACUCGUGGUUCAUGGAACGUAAUCUAUGGAUUACUCUUUUUAUGGCACUUAUGGUGGCUCCACUUUCGUAUCUCAAGAAGCUUGAUUCGCUCAAGUAUACAUCGGUGGUUGCUUUAUUUUCUGUUGUUUACUUGAUCUGUCUUGUCAUAGAACAUUACAUUGUGGAUGAACUUCCUCCAAGAGACAUCGAUGUGCUUGGUCCAAAGCUGUGGGGCCAGACACUCUCUUCCUUCCCCAUUUUCGUGUUUGCUUACACAUGUCAUCAAAACAUGUUUGCAAUUAUCAACGAAUUGGAGCCAACUGAGAAAUCGGGGUCCCAAACUCGUCAAGCCAACAUGAUCAUUCGUAAUGCAAUUACUGUGGCCUGUGUAUCGUACUUGGUGGUUGGAAUCAUCGGUUACUUGACUUUUGGUAACGAGGUGGAUGCUAAUAUUAUCACGAUGUACCCCAAAGAUUCUGUUCCUUCGCUUAUAGGUCGGUUGUGUAUCGUGGUGAUGGUGAGUUUAUCGUUCCCACUACAAUGCCACCCUUGCCGUGGUUCCAUUAACCACAUUCGUUACUUCAUCAAGCAUGGCGUCCAGUCACAUAAGUUGCGUAACAGUCAGGUUACCAGCGAUGGCUAUACGCCUAUUCAGUCUGAUGGCGAAUCGAUGGUUGAGGAAUCUUUCAUCUCAACUACGCCAAUGGAAGGUGCCCAAGACACUGACGGUCACGACCCUAUAAUUGUCAAACUCACCACCAGACAGUUCUACAUCAUCACCACUGGUAUUGUUGUCUUGGCAUACUUGGUGGCUAUUUCAGUGAAAUCUUUAGCCCAUGUGCUUGCAUUUGUUGGCUCGACUGGUUCGACUUCCAUUUCCUUCAUCUUGCCAGGUUUGUUUGGUUAUAUGCUCAUCAAGCCACUUAACGGUGCUACCGAAUUGACCAAGUUGGAGAAGUUCUGCAAGUACGGAGGUUUCGCUUUGAGUGUAUGGGGCGUCAUUGUCAUGGUUGUCUGCCUCUUUGUCACUAUUUUCCUUGGGGCUACACAUUAA